GGGGUCAAAUUGAAAGAGGGGCAAAGCGGCUAUCCCGGUUUUGCACAUUGAAGAAGAUGGUUGUGCUCAGCGAAGAGGAUGCCGUUCACUUUUUAAAUAUCGCAUUGGAGGAGGCGGAAAAGAGUCUGCACGUGGAGCUGAAGGAAAUGCCCAUAUUUUGCCUCCUGAUAAACGAAAAAAGGGAAAUUGUGUCCAGCUCGUACAACCACACGAAUGAAUCGAAGAAUGGAAGCAGACACUGUGAGCUCAUAACGAUAGAUAAGUACCUCUAUGGUGAGGAUUACGAGGGCAUGAAAAAUAGGAACCUAAUAAAAUGCUUUAACAAUUGUGAAAACGGAGUAGAGAGAUCUCUUGCCAGAUAUUUUUCCCAACUGGAUAUGUGGAAGAGGGAUAAAUUAGCUAACCCUCCAUCUGGGGUAGAAGACGACUUGGUGCUUAGGGAAGAACCCACGGGAAGUACUACUGACCAAUUAAGUGAAGAGAAAAAGAACGAAAUAAAGCAAAAGUUAGAAAAUCUUCGAAAAUGCUGCAUCGUUGUGACGUGUGAGCCGUGUAUCAUGUGCGUUUAUGCGUUGAAGCUUAUGGGCAUAAAGAACAUUUACUUCUGCUGCCUUAACGAGCGCUUCGGGGGAUGCGGAUCAGUCCUUUCCUUGCACAAAACGUACCAGGACAUAAAUGUGAAUUACAUCAAAAGCGGAGGAUGCACGGAGAGGAGCAUUUCCCUGAUGCAGUCCUUUUACAAGGGUGGAAACCCCUCAGCGCCGGAAGAGAAAAGAAAAAGAGCGAUCAAGUGA